UUCCUGAGCUCAGAAGGUGUUCGGCUUGGGCAGUGGGAGCAGCGCCCUGGCACGGGGAGCCCCGGCCAGCACAAGCACCCUUCCUAAGGGAGCACACCCGGGACGUGCGCGCAGAUCGGCGGCGUGGGGGCAGGCGAGGGCCGCGUCCGUGUCCGCCGUGUGGCCCUCACGCGUGGGUGGCAGGAGGCAGCCCGGGCGAGGGCGGUUCUGAGCUGCCAGAGAGGCUGUUGCUGUUGCUCGGACUCUGCAGGCCAGGGCACAGCGGUCGUGAGCCCGGCCCGGUGCGCACCCGGCCGCCCUGCCCCUCUGCUGGGCCUGCUGGCCUUCGGCUGCCCGGCAGGGAGCUGCAGGCGGCUCUGGACUCUCGCGUGGGCCCACCCCGGAGACCCCAGCCCGCGCUGCGCGGCCGCGUGGGACACGGACAAGAUGGCUGAGAAGGCGGCGUCACGGGGAGCCCCCUGCUGGCUCUGGCUGCUGCCCCGGGGGUGCCGGGGGGCCUCGGGGCACCCACAGCCAGAUGAGAUCAUGCACCAGGACCUCACGCCGCUCUGUGCCGCCGACAUCCAGGACCAGCUGAGGAAGCGCUUUGCUUACCUGUCUGGUGGGCGGGGGCGCGACGGCAGCCCUGUCAUCACCUUCCCAGACUACCCGGCCUUCAGCGACGUCCCGGACAAGGACUUCCAGAGUGUCAUGGCCUAUCUCACCAGCAUCCCGAGCUCACAAGAUGCUGGCAUCGGCUUCAUCCUGGUCAUAGACCGAAGGCAGGACAAAUGGACCUCGGUGAAGGCGACCAUCCUGCGAAUAGCAGCGUCCUUCCCAGCAAACCUCCAGCUCGUGCUCGUCCUGCGCCCAACGGGAUUUUUCCAAAGGACUCUCUGUGACCUCGCCUUCAAGUUCAACCGAGAUGACUUUAAGAUGAAGGUACCGGUCAUGAUGCUGAGCUCAGUGCCAGAAUUACACGGUUACAUCGACAAGGCCCAGCUGACGGAGGACCUGGGUGGGACCCUGGAUUACUGCCACACCAGGUGGCUGUGUCACCGCACAGCGAUCGAGAGCUUUGCUGUCAUGGUCAAGCAGACAGCUCAUGCGCUGCAGUGCUUCGGGACCGAGCUCGCUGAAACAGAGCUGCCCAAUGACGUCCAGUCCACAAGCUUGGUGCUCUCCACACACACGGAGAAGAAGGACAGAGCAAAGGAGGACAUGCGGCUGGCAGUGGGAGAGGGACAGAGCAUCCUGGAGGCCAUCAGGGGGCCCCUGGCCAAGAGCACAGAGCAGAGCCCGAACCAGACGCAGCUGGACAGCCAGGCCACCGUGCAGAGGCUCCUGGCACAGCUGCAGGAAACCGAGGCCGCCUUUGAUGAGUUUUGGGCGAAGCACCAGCAGAGACUUGAGCAGUGUCUGCGGCUCCGGCACUUCGAGCAGGAUUUCCGAGAGGUCAAAGCCGCCUUAGACGCGUUGGCGCAGAAGAUAGCGACCUUCACCGAUGUGGGCAACAGCCUGGCACACGUGGAGCACCUCCUGAAGGACCUCGCCAGCUUUGAGGAGAAGUCCGGCGCAGCCGUGGAGCGGGCCCGCGCCCUGUCCCUGCAGGGCGAGCAGCUCAUUGACGACAAGCACUAUGCCGUGGACUCCAUCCGCCCCAAGUGCCACGAGCUCCGGCACCUGUGCGACCAGUUUGUGGCCGAGGUCGGGAGGAGGAGGGGGCUGCUCGGCAAGUCCCUGGAGCUGCACGGCCUCCUGGAGGCGUCCAUGAAAUGGUGUGACGAGGGGAUCUACCUGCUGGCCUCACAGCCUGUGGACAAGUGCCAGUCUCAGGACGGCGCCGAGGCAGCUCUCCAGGAAAUCGAGAAGUUUCUGGAGACCGGUGCAGAAAAUAAGAUCCCAGAGCUCAGUAGGAUUUACCAGGACUAUGAACCCAUCCUCACCCGAGACCUGAUGGAACACGUGCAGAAGGUCUUCCAGAAGCAGGAAAGCAUGGAAGAGAUGUUUCACCGGAGGCAGGCCAGCCUGAAGAAGCUGGCCGCCAAGCAGACGCGGCCUGUGCAGCCAGUGGCCCCCCGGCCAGAAGCGCUCACGAAAUCACCCUGCCCCUCCCCAGGCAUCCGGAGGGGUUCCGAGAACUCCAGUUCUGAGGGCGGCGCGCUCCGGAGAGGGCCCUACAGGAGGGCCAAGAGCGAGAUGAGCGAGAGCCGGCAGGGCCGGAGCGGCUCCGCGGGGGAGGAGGAGGAGGGCCUGGCCGUCUUGCGGAGGCACGUGAUGAAUGAGCUCCUGGACACGGAGCGUGCCUACGUGGAGGAGCUGCUCUGCGUCCUGGAGGGCUACGCUGCCGAGAUGGAAAACCCUUUGAUGGCACAUCUCCUGUCAGCCGGCCUUCAAAAUAAGAAGGACGUCCUAUUCGGGAACAUGGAGGAAAUCUACCACUUCCAUAACAGAAUAUUCCUGAGGGAGCUAGAAAACUACACAGACUGCCCGGAGCUGGUCGGAAGGUGUUUCCUAGAGAGGAUGGAGGAGUUCCAGAUCUACGAGAAAUACUGCCAGAACAAGCCGCGCUCCGAGAGCCUGUGGAGGCAGUGCUCCGACUGCCCCUUCUUCCAGGAAUGCCAGAAGAAGCUGGACCACAAGCUGAGCCUGGACUCCUACCUGCUGAAGCCAGUCCAGAGGAUCACCAAGUACCAGCUGCUGCUCAAGGAGAUGCUGAAAUACAGCAAGAGCUGUGAGGGAGCCGAGGACCUCCAGGAGGCGCUCAGCUCCAUCCUCGGCAUCCUCAAGGCCGUGAACGACUCCAUGCACCUCAUCGCCAUCACAGGCUAUGACGGGAACCUGAGCCAGCUGGGGAAGCUGCUGAUGCAGGGCUCCUUCAGCGUGUGGACAGACCACAAGAGGGGCCAUGCCAAGGUGAAGGACCUGGCCCGCUUCAAGCCCAUGCAGAGGCACCUGUUCCUGCACGAGAAGGCUGUGCUCUUCUGCAAGAAGAGGGAGGAGAAUGGGGACGGGUACGAGAAGGCCCCUUCCUACAGCUACAAGCAGUCCCUGAACAUGAUGGCGGUUGGCAUAACAGAGAACGUGAAAGGCGACCUGAAGAAGUUUGAGAUCUGGUACAAUGCCAGGGAGGAGGUGUACAUCAUACAGGCGCCAACUCCCGAGAUUAAAGCAGCGUGGGUGAGUGAGAUCCGGAAGGUGUUGACCAGCCAGCUGCAGGCUUGCAGAGAGGCCAGCCAGCACCGAGCGCUGGAGCAGUCUCAGAGCCUGCCCCUGCCUGCGCCGUCCAGCACAAGCCCCUUAAAAGGCAACACGAGAAACGUCAAAAAGUUGGAAGAAAGAAAAACGGAUCCCCUAAGCCUGGAAGGAUAUGUGAGCUCAGCGUCAUUGCCAAAGCCUCCCGAAAAGGGGAAAGCUUCUCCUACCAGUCCUGACAAAAAAGCUAAGCGACACGAAGUAAAGAGCGAUCCUACACCUCUUGGUUUACGAGGUUGGAGCAGAGCCUCUCACCCCUUGGAGGCCCCAGCGGACAACGACGGCUGGUCAAGUGCUGAGGAGCCAAUCAAUUCCUCGGACGCCGAGGAAGAAGGCAGAGUGGGCCCCUGGAAGCUGGCUCCAGGCAAGUACACUGCCGUGGUGGACCAGGACAAGGGAGGCCCCAGCAUGCUGGCUGUGAGAAGUGGGGAUGUGGUGGAGGUGGUCCAGGAGGGCGACGAGGGCCUUUGGUACGUCAGGAACCUGACCUCCAGCCAGGAGAGCUGGGUGCCAGCCGGCAGCCUGUCCACACUCCUCAGCAAGUCCAGCUCGGCCCAGUGCCUGAGCAGCUCAGACUCCAGCACAGGGUCGGCCCUGCUGAGCAACUCCUCCAGCUGCAGCGAGAGCUGCGGGGGCCCCCUCUCCGACCUGCAGGGGUAGCGCCGGCCCUGGGGUCACGAGAGCCAUCUGCGAGCCUCUUAAGUUUUCCUUUGCUUGGGCUUGCUUAGUUUGGUGAGGGGACCGUGCUCUAGACACCGGGAAAAGGAAGACCCUGACGAGAACCGAAUGCAGAGCCACCCGCUGCCCACGGAACCUGGUGGUGCAGGACGUGGGGGCAUCUAGAUGAAGGUUCCAGAAGAUUCUGCCCUCCAGCCUCCAUGCCAGGACCCCUCGCCAGGGUGCAGAGCUGGUUCCCCAGGCAGACCACGGCGCACUGAGCGGCCUAAGAAAAUCAGACGGGGUUGGGGCCUGUGCAGACAAGCGACAAGGCAGGGCCGCCCUCUGGCCUCUGCCAGUGCCUGGGGCACACCCCCACCCCCACGCUCGGCUCUGGGUCCCAACGUUUCUGGUCCGGUGCUUACUGCAGACUGUGGAGCUGCGCCCAAAAGAAGUGACCGAUUCACUACCCAACAGCUGGGGGAGAUUUUACCUUUUACAGAUUUUUUUUAAGCAGGGAUUGAUUGAUUCCAUGGCCAUUUUUGUGAUACUUUGGCCUCUAAUCUUUACCAAGAAUCACUGUGUUUACAUGAAAUGACGAUUUGAUACUGUAUUUGAUACAAAACUAUUUUUUGUUACUGGGGUUUACACGGCAGCAUGUGUUUCUACCACCGGCUGAUUUGCAGGAUGCUCAGGUGGACAUCGACGGCACUUUCCAAAGCCCACCCGAUCACAGGAGAAGGAAAUCACCACCCUGCAAAUAUCGGCAGCGUUUCCACAGACAAAAGCAGUGAGAAACCAAGGAGAUUCCUUUACCUGUGUAGAUGAAUUUUCAAAAGAAAAUUUAAACUAUAAUUUAAAAUACUAACUUUCUUUCCUACAAAAAAAAGAAGGAACUCAAUUUUUUUUUAACUAGUUUCAAAUUAGGAUAUUUUUAUUGUUUUUAAAGAAUUAGUAAGAAUGCAGUGGGGCGGGGCGUCAUGUGAACCGGCGCUGUCCCCCAGGCUCAUGGAAACCUGAGCGAGCUGCCCCUCUGCCCCCCACGCCGCCGCCGCCGCCCGCUCACUGAGUGACUCGCCGGCGAUUGCUGUGUAUGAUCACCCCGAGUGCGGAAGUUCAGAGUACAGAGCUUAUUUUAUUCCGAUCAAAGCAGAACUGGAAAGAAGACUCUUGUUUUACCUUCCGUGUGUGUUUCAGAUUCUGUUAUUUGGGAACUCUGUAUCUGGUGCGGCAGAUACUUUUACAUGUAUGUAUAUAUGUCAGCGUGUGUACAUAUGUAUCCAAUGUGAGGGAUUAUUUAUAGUCUCCAUGCUGCUGGAAAUGUGUCACUUUACAGCCCUCCGUGAGUCCCCACCUGCUGCGGCCCGAGGCCAGCAGGCUUCCUCCCUCCCGCCACGUGCAAGACCAUUGCUAGCCAAGUCUCUUGGAGUUUGUCAAUAAAACAGAGAACGUGUAAGACUCGGCA